AUGCUUGAGCUAGCAAAGCAAAGAGAUGAAUUGAAAGGGGUGGCAGUGGCUCAUGGGGGUGUUAAGAUGACUCAUCUGUUGUUUACAGAUGAUUGCUUAAUCUUUGGGAAAGCUUCUUGGAAUGAAUGGAAGAAGAUCAGUGGAAUUCUGGAGGUAUAUGGAAAGGCUUCUAGUCAGAACUUAAAUAAGCAUAAAACAAUAGUCUUGUUCAGUCCAACAGUUGCUAGUGAAAUGAGAAGGGCUAUUAUCAAGGAUUGUGGAGCUAGAGAACAAAAUAACUGUGAGAAAUAUCUAGGAUUGCCAAUCAUGGUUGGUAGAUCGAGAUACCAGGCUUUUAGCAUUGUGAAAGAUAGGGUAUGGAAGAAGUUGAGUAAUUGGAAGAAUCAGUUUCUAUCACCUUCAGGAAAAGAAGUAUUAAUCAAGGCAGUCAUUCAAGCAAUUCCAACAUACUAUAUGAGUGUGUUCAAGUUGCCAAAAAAGCUGAGUGAUGAAAUAGCUUCUUUAAUGGCAAAAUUCUGGUGGGGAUUUAAGUAA